AUGACCCACGAGACUCCAGCUGACAAAGGUACGUAACUUGAGCUCCAAAUUAAAUAAAUAUCGUAUUAUGCAAAUAUAUUGCGAGCUUACUAUUUCGCUUUCGUCAAACGAUCUUGCGGUCGACUAAUUCCUCAUCUCUUUCAGCUAAAAUGCCGAAGUGUCCCAAGUGCAACAAGGAAGUGUAUUUUGGUAAGUGCACCCUUCUUUUCGUAAUUACAGCAACAUUAGGGAACGGUUUAGUUAGCUUCACAAUUUCGAGACGUACAUGGGGAUUAAAAAUUCUUGACAAGGUCACCCAUUCUGAUCGAAUUCAUCGAAACUGUUUUGUCGUGCAGAAAAACUGAUUCUCUAUCGAUUUGAUUUCGUAGUUCCAGCUGGAGCUUCUAACACGAAUGAUCGAAUCAACUGUAAUCCCUGUUCGAAAGAUUCUUGCAAAUGCUUGCAACUUUGGAGAAGUGUUCACUAAACUCUGCAUAUUUAAUUAUUUUUGUUGGAGCGGGACCACCUUUUGGGAGCUUUCUAGCCGUUGGUAUUCAGCAAAUCGUAGAAAUCUGCGGUAUUCACGGAGAAAUUUAAUUUGAAUUUAUUAUUAUGUAAAGUUGGAGGGUUUGUUGAACGGGACUUUCGCGUUUUUGAGGUUAUAUGUUAGGAUAGACUUUAAGCCAUUUCAGCCACAACGCCCUAAUCGAAGGCCCCUCUGUUUUGCAUAUCACGCCUUUGGCGCUGACUUAUUACACUAACUGGCCCCAGUAGGGCGUUCUUACAAUCUAAAAAGCCUUGACUCAAACGGGUGAAUGGAAAGUAAUGUGAGAGAUAUCCAAUCCACCUUCUGAAUAAUAUUAAAAUAACGAAAUUCGAUGAUUGAAUUGUACAUGGGAACCAGUAACACAAUAAUUUGAAAUCCGUCUACGAGGUCUUCGAAAUAAUUGCCAUGACACUUUUCUAAGUACUGAAUUUAGGAUAUUGGACCAUCGAUACUAGACACUCCUCUGAGCAGUGGACCGGCAAAUGACAGUAAUUCGUUUGUCUGUGUUUCAGCUGAGAAGGUGACUUCUCUCGGCAAAGAUUGGCACAGGCCUUGCUUGAGAUGUGAAAAAUGCAAUAAGACUCUGAAUUCUGGUGGUCAUGCCGAGGUAAGAGUUUUUCCUUUUAAACUUGUCGAAGAGUUGUUUUUCGAGAUUCUCUUGUAGUCAGAAUUAGAAUAUCUCUAUGGUAUUCAGAGAAUUCCUAACAGGAAAUUUAUAUUAUUUGCGUCUGUUCAGGGACUAUCAUUAAGACAAAUAGAAAAUGCUAGAUGCCAUGUUAUCUGUCUCAUUAAAUUGAUAGCCGCGCAUUGUUUACGGCGAACGGAUGACGAGCUCUCUCUGGCAUAAAAAAUUGUGUAAACAAUCGCUGUGCGCCACCACGCGAGACCCUGUCCCCAUGUGCAUUCUUUUCAUAAAGGCGCGCGGCACGGAAGGAUGAGAGGAAAGAGAAAGAAGUAACGCUUUCUCCGUUCCCAAAACACCUAGCGUUCCCUCGCUCGACGUGUUAUCAAGACGAUUGGGAACUAGUCUGCCCGAAAGCCGAUUUGUGUGCAGGAGUACCUUGAGACGUGGGGUCUGAAGUUGAUUUUGACAAAAGUUGUGCCAAUAAUGUGCGGGGUCCUCGUUGCUCAGGUGCUACAACGCAGUUGUUCGUGACCUGCACAGGUAGCGGUUCUCUAGGUGUUCGAUGAAAAUAAAGGCGUUGGAGCCGCGAAAAUAAGGGGAAAAACCUUCCGCCCCAAGCCCCACCCGUUUUGUCUAGGUCUGCUUCUCGACACUUCAAAGCGCACUCAAAAACCGCUAGCUAUGCCGGCUAAGGUGACCGCUAAAUCAAAGCCUCAGUAGCGCAUAAUAGCCCCUAAAUCCUGGAUUGUAUUGCUAAUAUGACUGUAUUUUUUUAAAAUUUUCCAGCACCAGGGCAAGCCGUAUUGCAAUAAGCCAUGCUACUCUGCAUUGUUUGGCCCAGGAGGUUUUGGCCACGGUGGAACAGAAUCACAUAAAUACUAACUUCACCACGCACUACAAGUGAGAGUCGCGCUGUUGCUUACUGUAUCCGCACACGCCAAGCUCUCGUUAGAGAAAGCGGCGAACGAAGCGAGCGCGAGAGAGUUUUGCGAAAGGUCUGGAACGAGAAAUCCUCACGUUUUGAACCCUCGCAGAUCCUGCACAGAGCACUCGCGCACUUCCAUAGCUCGCGGGCUCAAAACUCUCAGGCUUUCUUCGUUCGCUCGUUUCGCUGCGCCAAUGGAUGCCUGGGAGCCUAAUACGCGCCACGCACUGAUGGAAAGAAAAUGUAGGUAGAUAUCGAUUGUCAUUAAACUGUAUUCGAUAUAAUCCACCAGAGUAAAUAAUAACAACAAUUUGAAGAUUGCAAAGAGCCAGUGGAAGCUCAAAUGAUGUUAAAAAACAGAUCACCUAUUGCUUUCUGACAUCCAGACACACAUCAACACACACCGCUCGCGUGCAAGCUUGCAUAUCCCCAAUUGGAGCUCACAAUCC